AUGAAGUUAUCAUGCCCCAUCUCGCCGCAGUGUGUCGAGUGGAUUAAGAUCUUUACCAACAAGACCAGCAACAGCGUGGCCAUCGGCAAUGCCAAGAGCACGGCUCCCAUCAAGGAGUCUGCCGCCAACAAGCCGGGCGGCUUCCUGGCAGCUGUCAGGGGCUACGAGGACCUCUAUGCCGGGAAGACCCCGUCCAAGGGCGGCCUGCAGCAGCUGCAGUUUGUCUGGGGCAUUGCCGUCUGCCCCUCACCGCCAAAGGUUGGCGUCCCGGUCGUGAAGCCCCCGCCCGAGGUCAACACACCCACCGGCGCCCCCGGCGAGCCUGAGCCUACGCCUGCGCCUGAGCCUGAGCCUGAGCCUCUCUGCCCGCCCGCCAAGGACAAGUGUGACGUCACCGCCAAGGAGGGCUCCGCAUUCUGCCCGGCCAUCACCCCGUUCACCUCUGGCCAGUGCAUCGGCGGAUGCUGCGUGUCGGCCGGCAAGUGCAAGAAGCCGCUGUGCCACCUGAACGGCCUGGGGUCUGAGGUGAUGGCCAAGGACGUUUUCUGCUGGGGCACCAACAACGGGUUCCUGCACAACAAGUUCAACAAGUGCAAGAACCUCGGCUGCAAGCUCGCAGUCCCGGGCUGCGUCGGCGACCCAAUCAGUGGUGCCUGCGUCGGCACCGUCUCGGCCCUCUCAGAGGACGUCGACUCCGACGCCAAGGCCUGGCUCGGCCUGCCCUGCCUGCAGCCCGUCCCCGGCGGCCUGCCGCUCAAUGCCCUUGGCCACUGGGACAGCAACGGGGCGUACGCCGGAAAGCUGUGGACCAUCUGCAACUGCAAGGCCGGCAAGACCCUGCCUUGCGUUGGCCCCUUGUGCGAGCUCCUCAAGAAGCCCGACCUCCCCAGCUUCAACUUUGCGCUCCCCAAGUUUGACCUGCCUGACGUCGGGAAGCUCAUCAACGCCAAGGUGGAGCUGCUGGGCAACAUCACGGAGCUGUUCAAGCCCAACCUCACCAUCCCCCACAUCCCCGCCGUCACCAUCCCCACCAUCGACCUCAAGGCGCAUCUGGACGAGGUGAAGUCGUUCAUCAACGGCACCGCCACCGCCCUGUCCGGCCCCGUGCUGGAGGCGCUCCACGCCAAGUUCCCCACCUUCACCCUCAACCUCACCAAGCCCGAGGUGCCCAGCCUCAGCCUCAACAUACCGCACCCCAACCUCAAUCUGGGAGACCUCCUGCCCUCGCUCAACCUGGCCCAGCUGGCGGACAAGACCAAGCUGCGGGUGUUCAACACCAGCUCACUCAGCCUGAGCGACCUGCACAGGCUCGAGGGCAUCCUGGCGGCCUUCAAUGCAGCUCAGAAGGACUGA